AUUGGGUUAUUCCCCGAGAAUUGUUGAAUGUGGGAAAACCAGUCGCUUGUUGGAAAUCUGGAUUUCAAGGAAAUCGUAGCAGCGUCUGAUAUAAAGUCCUCGGAUGUGUUUCACGUGACAUUUCUCAUCUUCCUCGCUUCACAACAGACCUGACUUGAGUGAGGCAUCAUGGCGGAUGUCAGCAAGAAGACGAUUGCGAAGGCAGAGAAGGACCUAAUGAGCCCAAAAGAUACGAAGGAGGACAUGAUGUUGGUCCUCGGGCCUCACAUGAACUGGCAGGAGAUGCUGUGUCCUGCCCCUCUCUCGGUGUGUCUCCUGGGGCAACUGGUCCUCGUCACGCUGGACAAGGACGUGUCUCUUGUGUCGGAACACAUGACUAGAGAUCGCUUCAAACACACCGAGUACCCGGAGUCUCUGCGGACCAGCAUCCUUCAAGUUGCUGAUGAGGGAUGGAAUGCUUUCAACCUGGCCAACAAAAACAUGGAUCAAAUUCGGCUGCUGACACUGCAGAUUCCUCAACACGUCAAGAACGCAGUCAAGUACAUUGUCAAUGGAUCCGAAAUGGAAGUGCGCCAUCUAGUUCCUGAUUACUUAGCUAACAUUAAACGCAUUACUGACACAUGCGUUGUACGGGCUGAAGAAGUGGAGACACGAUUUUGUACUAUCAUGGCUUUGAUAGGAGAACUACAGAAAGCAUGCACAUUUGCCGAAGGUCACUAUUCUGAGAAACUGCUCAAAGCUGAAAAGGAUCAUGAGGUGAAGACAUUGAGAAUGAAGUCAUUAGAAGAAAGAAAGAAGCUCGCAGAAGAGGAGUACAAUGAAUUACGCGACCAGUUUAAAAAGACCACCGAAUCGUAUCAAAAAGCCAUGGACUCUAUGCCAUCUGGUUGGAGCAUGAUCGGUAUGGACUUCGUGGAAGGGCUGGCUAAAUGCACACUUGGUGUCUUCCAGUCAGUCACCAAUGCUGUUACAAGGAAGUCCACGAAAAAUGACAAAGCCUCCAAAGACAAGCAGGUGCAGAAAGAUGAAGACAAGGAAGCUCUUCUGAUGCUGGAACUCCCACAGCUAUCACUUUGUGUGAAGACUCUCGUAACCAAUUUUGAUCAGAUUAUGCAGGGAAUGGAAGUGGAUCCUCUCUUGAUGGUCGAGGCAACCUUUCAGGAUAUUGUUCAGACUUUGAAGUCCUACUCGGGAGUUUGUAAGCAGAAAGUAAACGCCAUUGUAGAUGACGGGUAUCAACUCAUCAAGAUAAUGAAGACUGCUAGUAAGCAGCUUACCAAGGACCAAUCACAAGAAAAAGAUGCGAAGCGUAUUGCAGGAAGGCUGGAAGGAAAUAUGAAAGCACUGGAGACAUUCUGUUCACAUGCAUUUGGACAGUCGGUGCAAACACCAACACCCAUGAUGUCCACUAAAGAGCAGGAGAGUUCCAGUUCAGCUUCAGCAAGAUAUAGUGAACAGUGUAGAUUCAAAGUUGAACAACAUGCCUCUUCUCUUGAAUCAAUCAGAGAGGACUUCAAGAGCAAAAGCAAAUCAUUACAGGAAACCAAUGCCCAUGUGACGUCAGUCAUUGAAGAACUUGCACACAUUAAUCUUGACAAGGUCAACUUUGGUGAAAUAAAACAGUUGUUGCAGAGAGGUAUCAACGCUCUUGGACAGGUUCGAACACAGUGGGGAAAGUUGGUGAGAUUUUUCACAACAAUUUCAAACAUCAUCAGAUGCUCCAUGGAUGAAAAUGUGAAGAAUUUCGUCCAGGGCGCCGAGCGAGGGGCAGAGUUUCGUCUUGAGUACACGAUGUCCGACAUGAUGAGGGACACAAUCUAUGUCCAAGCAUCUGAAGCCAACAAGCUAUCGUACAUGGUGAACAACUUGGCAGAGAUGUAUGUUGAAGUGUCCGAGAAGCAUCUGAUGGAUCAAGUGGCUAGUCUUGGAGAGCUGCUUGCAUUGGGUGGAGAGAACGACAAAGGCGCCGUCACCCUAAAGAUGACCCAGUUGAAGAGACAGGCAAAGGACGCCACGGUGUCGAUUGGUUUGAUUGUUGCCCAGAAACAGCUGGAGUUCGACACAAAGGUGCAGAGGAGGAUAGAAAGGAUUCAAAGGGAGAUGAAAGCCGUCUUACCUCCUCCUCCGCCAGAAGAUCCAACGAUCAAACAGCAGAAGAAAGAAGCAAUUGAAGAAGCUGAGAAGUUCAAGGCAGAACACAAGGUGGUGGAUGAAGAUGAUUGGGCGUGAUCUCCUCCUUUAAACCCCAUAUAGUUUUGAGGAUGGUUGGGUAGCCUCGUCACGCGGAAUACCCGUGUUCAAUGGAUAUGUUGAGGUCUAUUUCUACUGCCACGUGCUUGAUAUUUUUUUUAUGAAAUGUACUAAUGAAGUCAAAAUCCCUUACAAUCAAACACUGUUGUGUCCAACUUUAAUGUGUCGAACUUAUGGUUGUCUUGAAGUAAAAGCUUGGCUGCUGGGUAUUUUUUCUUUAUUUACUCGAUGUAUAUUCGUGGGUCCCUUCAACUUCGACCCAAGGGUGUUUGACUAAAUUUAAAUAUGGAUUUUUUGGUUUAGUAUAAAGUCACAUACGUUGUUUAUUGUAUAAUAUUGACAUUAUCCACUUUUCUGUUCAUCUUGCACCAGCCCCUGAGUCUUUUUGUCUCAAUUUUCAAGAACGAUCUAUGUUCUAAGAUGUAUGUUCUACAGGCUCACUUAAAAUGAUGUUUUCUUUACUUGGAUAUUUUCAACCUUGAGUUUAUGUUUUUUUCAUUUGACGCUCGAAAAACGUUUGGAGGAAUAUCACACUCAUUAGAUAUUCAAAAGUUUAAAAUGCAAAAACUGUUAACUAAAGUCUUCAGUGUACAAAUAUACACGUUCAGCUGUUAAUGUUUACAUCUGUAUCACCUCCUGAUGAUUCUGGUCCCCCAUCACCUUUGCUUGCCGUAAAGGACGCAGAUGGAGGAGGAUUGGGUGGGACAAUGUGCUACACAGGUGAUUAGGUUUUGUUUGUUUGUUUGUUUGUUGUUUAACGUCGCACUCAGCAAUAUUCCAGCUAUAGGACGGCGGUCUGUAAAUAAUCGAGUCUGGACCACACAAUCCAGUCAUUGACAUCGGAAGCAUCGAUCCACGCAAUUGGGAUACGAUGACAUGCAUCAAACAAGUCAGCGAGCCUGAGGUGAUUAGGUGUAUUGUACCCGGAGAUGUGCACGAUUACGUUUUAACCACUGACUUGCCUGGAUCAGAUUUGAUAAUUCACAACAAUGAUAUUACUUUAGUAUUAACACACCUUGUAUAAUCCUGUUUUCAAAUACAAUUAUUUCGUUGCGAUUAUAUACUUGAGGAAACGCUUUUGAGUAUUAAACAUUAGUAAUGUUAAAGAACAUCGCUCUUCAUAUUUGCUGUUAUUUACCUCUGUGGAGGUCCGUAACUUUAAAUCCAUAUACUUAAGAACAAUGUUUUUCAUAAUAGAGGUACAUACUCAUGUGUAUUGUACUGUAUAUAAUGUUCAUCCAUUGACAAAACAUCAUGUAUAACCAGGGUUUGUAUUAAAGCUCCUUCUUUGUGAUUAUGUACUUGAGGAAACGGUUUUAUGAAUGGUUAAUUAUUGUUACAGAUUGAAAACUAAUUACAAUGUUUUUGUUGUGAAAAUAUUGGAAAUGUGGAAUUCUAUUUGGAAUAAACUUCUCUUUUUGAAAA